AUGAGGUCCGUUUCAGCGCUUGUGGCUCUUGCUUUCGCGAGCUCAUUGGAGCUUGUUGCUGCCAGCAACUGUAAACCCUCAUCACCUGUUGGUGUCAAGACGACGGAUUCUGCUUCAAUUACCAGCGGAACAUCAACGAAAUCAGCACCUCCUUCCGAAACAACCGACGAGCCGGUAAUUAUCACCAAUGAAGUGACAAAUGGCGACUUUGGAGGCUAUGAUCCUUCAUCAGAUGGUGGUAUCUACGCCUUUCAAGCCGGUGGGGAUGCGAAACUCCUUCAAGGCCCUGGAUAUCAGGGAGAUCACACCGAGGAGACGAACUGUGUGCAACUCAAGACCAAUUCGGGAAAUCCUGGUCAAAAGCGAGACUUCAUAUCUGAUAACCCCUAUAUUCAACAGCAGCUCGACAAUCUGGAGCCCAGUGACUUCACUGUUCGCUUCUGGUACUCCAUCGUGAACAAUGCUAUCGCGGAUACGUGCCGCAUCGAAGGGCUUUACGGAAAUGCCCAAUUUGGAGCAACCCCAUACUUUCCUGUUGUCUCUGAAGGCAAUAGCUGGUUGGAGUUUGUCGACUCUAUGCCUGUCACUACUUCAAGUGGAAUGAUUCGUUUCGAGCUCAACUGUAUCAAUGGUGGCUCUGCUGAAGUCUACUUCGAUCAAGUCUUUGUCUCUAACAAGAUUGGUGAUGAAUGGGUUGACGGCAUCUCGUUGUUCUUUCCUACGUCGAAGCAUGCUGCUACCAUUGCCCCAGCUCAAACGAGCACCGCUCCUGCUGUGGACACAGCUACGGCUAGCAGCGAUAACACCGAGUCUUCUGGCCCUCCUACAACUCAAGCCUCUCAAGCACAAACUACUACCGAUGAAGCCUCAUCAACCGACAAAACAAUCGAGUCCACUUCUGCCUCUGCCUCCGCCCCGACCUCUGCACCAACUGAUCCCACCACAUCGGGCCCCAAGCUCUGUGCCAAACUCGGGACCGGCGCAGCUGGUCGAGGCUGCGCCAAGAGGCCUUAUAGCAGCACAAAAGGCUACAAAGGUUACGGUGGAAGCAAGAUCACAAAGGAGCAAUGUGCCUCUCUCUGUCUUGCAGAUACCAAUUGCCAAAGCUUCGAGUGGCGUUAUUUCGGCAGCGGAUGCGCCAACACCUGUAAUCUCCUCGCUACGAACUGGGCAGACAUCCCUACCAACGGAGGUUCCGACUCAGCCUGGGCCUACGAUCGAAGCUGCAUUCAGGAGGAUGAAUGCGCCGAACAGCCCGCUGGUUCGGUAUGUGUCAACGUCAACGCUGAUACACCCGCCAAGUCUUGUACUCAGGUCAAGGGCAAAGCGAAAGCUUGUGCCAAGCCCUUCCUAACUGCCCAAACGAAUGGUGUCUGCGGUCUUAGCAACGAAUGUCGCGAUCUUUGUGCCAAGUAUCCUUCCUGCAAGUCUUAUGCAGCGACCUUUGGAAGCUGUAGUUUGUACGACGCCAGGUCUUCUGAGGUCGCCGAGGCCGGUAGUGAGCUUUUCUGGUUCACGGAUAUGGAUUGCCAUUCUUGCGGACAGGGAAAUGCCUACUUCGAUUACAUUUCUGUUAGUCAAGACCCUGCCAACAUGCCUCAGUGGACAUGUGCUGCAGAGGACAAGACAAGUUCGACUCUCGCCGCGCCAACGACUACCAACCCAGCUAUCACAACCACAUCUGGCGCUGAAGCAGCCACGAGUACAAGCCAAGCCAGUGAUGAGGCCGAUUCAUCUACCAUCAUCCCAACUACAACUUCUACAUCUCCCUCCACUACCGCGAGCCUAUGUGCCAACGGCGUGCCAUCCCCUGGAAUUUGCUCCGCAGCAAACGUUGUGCCUUCAACAGCAACAUGUGGCAAGCGUGGUUGGCCACGCAACGUCGAACCAUAUGGCCGUAGUCUCGCUGACUUCCCUAAUCAAAACACAUUUGAAGAUUGCGCCCUCAUUUGCAAGCUCGAUAGAUCGUGCAAGGCCUUUGCCAUCGAUCCUACUAGAUCUGGGAUGAAGUGCAUGUUCAGCUCAGACCCAACGAUCUAUGGAGUCUCCAAUGCACCUGGCGUAUGGAGUGAUUUGGAGUGUAUGAGCUGCAUGCUUUGCGAUGACUCAGUGACUUCUUCGCAGCCAGUAUCCGAGGCCCCCACAACCAUGAUCACAUCGACACGGCCAGCUGGCGAGGAUUCCAGCUCCCAAGCUGCAACAAGCGCGUCGGGGGAACCAACCACGACUCAAACGACGCAAGCAGAGCCUACUGAUUGUGCAGUACCCUCGGCCUCUCUGAGCGGCGACGUCACCUGUGGUAUCCCCGGUCAAAGCGGCCAACAAGCUCAAAGCGCUCGUCUCUUAAACUAUGUCAUCAAACCAGUUGGAAAUCUGGCCAACUGCGCUGCCGUCUGCCUCCAACGGUCAGAUUGCCAGGGCUUUGCGUACAUCAAGAGUAACACUGAGUGUUAUCCCUUCAGAGUUGGGUCUGCUGGUCUAGGAAUUACUUAUAACCCACAAGGCACGGAGAAAUACUAUGAUAGGGGGUGCUUCUCGUGUGCUUCGUGA